GAAGGAGCUAAUAUUGCUCUAUCACAGGCAAGAAGAAUAAUGAAGGUGACGUUCUUCUUGCUCGCACUCGGGCUCCUGGCAGGGGCCCAGGCCAGAUCUCUCUUCCGAGAUGCCCCAAAGACAAAAUGGGAGUCCGCCCUGGAUAGUUUCUGGCUAACAGUCAACAAAAUGGAGGAGGCGGCUGAUGAGGCUAGAGCCCAAAUGAAGGAUUCACCAAUCAGUAAAGAGUUGGAUGGCCUUAUCAAAGACACAAUGGAGGAACUGAGCAGUUAUGCAGAAGACAUGAAAAGUAAGGUGAGCCCCAUGGCCCAAGAUGCACAGCAGCGCUUUACAGAGGAGGUCUCUGCCCUGGCUGACAAACUCAAGUCUGACAUGGAGGAUACAAAGAAUAAAGCCAUUCAGUACUCAGGAGACCUGCGCAUGAUGUUCGAUCAGAACAUUGAGGAUGUCCAAGGCAAGGUGACCAUGUACAUGAAGAAACUGAAGAAACGCCUGAGUAAAGAUAGUGAGGAAUUAAAAAAGAAGCUCAGCCAAUACGGAGAUGAUUUCCGUAAGAGCACAGAAGACAAAGUGGAAAAUAUCCGUAAAGCUGUUGAGCCGUACGUGUCCAACAUUAAGGAUAAAGGGCAGCAGAGGCUGAUGACCCUGAAGGAUGCCAUGGAUGAGCAAGGGAAGCAACUCAGAGACCGGUUUCUCUCUGUGGCCAAAGACGCCCAAGCUAAAAUGAAGAAGGCAGCCUCUGAUGUGAAAAGCAGUGUGGAUAAACUAGGGGAACAGUUUCGUAAAUGGUUCAACCCCAACGUAGAAAGCUUGCGCAAUCAGCUUCAAGCCUUAGCUAAGAGCCUGCAGACCAAGGCCAACAAAUAAACGAGACAGCUAAUCUUUCUCCUUGCUUCUCACUUGCAACUAGCAGCUGCUACAUCUGACCAUUAGAUUGUGCCCUGAGGUGGAGCAGGACAUUAAGGAUCCAACAUGUUUAAAAAUCUUGUCUUUCCCUAUGUGUAUCUGAGGUACAUCACACAGUGAUUCUACUACUCACCUGCGCAAGCUCAUUAAUCUAAGCUCUGACAUUAAUGACAAGCACAAAUUAGAGGUGAACCAUACAAAGCCGAAGGGAACUUUCAGUAUUAAAAGCACAUUUAACCUAAGGGCAAGCCUUAAAUUAUAGCACUAACUACCCCUAGCAUUAUCUCCUGCACUAAACAUGCCAUGUACCUACAGAUCUCUAGCAGACCUUCCUGCUUAAACAAGAACCUACAUACCUGAGGCAAGGAGUAAUUCACAGAAAAGCUGUGACAUUCGUUUUUUUAGCGUCUUUUUCCAUCUGAAAACCAGGCCUUGAGGGCGAACAGAAAACUAGGCCAUGCAAGGAAUCACUUGUAACAAACAACUGGGCUCUUGAACAAGAGAAUUCUGUAUCGCAACAUAUUAAAUAUCUAUAUCACCUUUAUUUCACUUUAACAAUUUCAUUGUUCACAAUUUAAUGCAAACUCUCUUUUUACAGCAGCUAUUUUCAAUAUCUGUUUCACCAGCUCUUGAAGAUGCAGAGCACUAUGAUGGGCAUUGUUGGUGUCUUUAAAAGUCUCAUAAUACACUGUCCUUUAUAAACCUAAAAUAAAAUAAUGUGCCUUCAUUAGA